AUGCAGUGGGUGUUUAAAGAGCUAAGCACUGAAGCUGGAUUUCCACAAACGACCAUCACGAGCACUCCAGGCACACCACACUUCCUCUCUUGGAUGGAGGAUGAAGCUGUCCUGGACAGAGGGGCUUCCUUCCUUAAGCACGUGUGUGAUGAAGAAGAAGUAGAAGGCCACCACACCAUCUACAUUGGGGUCCAUGUGCCAAAGAGCUACCGGAGAAGGAGACGUCACAAGAGAAAGACAGGCCACCGAGAAAAGAAGGAAAAGGAGAGAGUCUCUGAGAACUAUUCUGACAAGUCAGAUGUGGAGAAUGCGGAUGAACCCGGCAGCAGCAUCCUGAAACCUCUCAUCUCUCCUGCCGCAGAACGCAUCCGAUUCAUCUUGGGCGAGGAGGAUGACAGCCCAGCACCCCCUCAGCUCUUCACGGAACUGGAUGAGCUGCUGGCCGUGGAUGGGCAAGAGAUGGAGUGGAAGGAGACGGCGAGGUGGAUUAAGUUUGAAGAAAAAGUGGAACAGGGUGGAGAGAGAUGGAGCAAGCCCCACGUGGCCACCUUGUCCCUUCACAGCUUAUUUGAGCUGAGGACCUGUAUGGAGAAAGGAUCCAUCAUGCUGGACAGGGAAGCUUCGUCUCUCCCACAGUUGGUGGAGAUGAUUGUUGACCAUCAGAUUGAGACAGGCCUAUUGAAACCUGACCUUAAGGAUAAGGUGACUUAUACUUUGCUCCGGAAGCACCGGCAUCAAACCAAGAAGUCCAACCUUCGAUCCCUGGCUGACAUUGGGAAGACCGUCUCCAGUGCAAGUAGGAUGUUUACCAACCCUGAUAAUGGUAGCCCAGCCAUGACCCACAGGAAUCUGACUUCUUCCAGCCUGAAUGACAUCUCCGAUAAACCAGAGAAGGACCAGCUGAAGAAUAAGUUCAUGAAAAAACUGCCACGUGAUGCAGAAGCUUCCAACGUGCUUGUUGGCGAGGUAGACUUCUUGGAUUCUCCUUUCAUUGCUUUUGUUCGGCUGCAGCAGGCAGUCAUGCUGGGUGCCCUGACUGAGGUCCCUGUGCCCACAAGGUUCUUAUUCAUUCUCUUAGGUCCUAAGGGGAAAGCCAAGUCUUACCAUGAGAUUGGCAGAGCCAUUGCCACGUUGAUGUCUGAUGAGGUGUUCCAUGACAUUGCUUAUAAAGCAAAAGAUAGGCAGGACCUGAUUGCUGGCAUAGAUGAGUUCCUAGACGAAGUCAUUGUCCUCCCACCUGGGGAGUGGGACCCAGCGAUCAGGAUAGAGCCUCCUAAGAGUCUUCCAUCAUCUGACAAAAGAAAGAAUAUGUACUCAGGUGGAGAGAAUGUUCAGAUGAAUGGGGACACGCCCCACGAUGGAGGCCAUGGAGGAGGAGGACAUGCAGAUUGUGAGGAAUUGCAGCGCACUGGAAGGUUCUGUGGUGGAUUAAUUAAGGACAUAAAGAGGAAAGCACCAUUUUUUGCCAGUGAUUUUUAUGAUGCUUUAAAUAUUCAGGCUCUUUCAGCAAUUCUCUUCAUUUAUCUGGCAACUGUAACUAAUGCUAUCACUUUUGGAGGACUGCUUGGGGAUGCCACUGACAACAUGCAGGGCGUGUUGGAGAGCUUCCUGGGCACCGCUGUCUCCGGAGCCAUCUUUUGCCUCUUUGCUGGUCAACCACUCACUAUUUUGAGCAGCACGGGACCUGUUCUCGUUUUUGAGAGGCUUCUAUUUAAUUUCAGCAAGGACCAUAAUUUUGACUAUUUGGAGUUUCGCCUUUGGAUUGGCCUCUGGUCGGCCUUUCUGUGUCUCAUUUUAGUAGCUACUGAUGCCAGCUUCCUGGUUCAGUACUUCACUCGCUUCACUGAAGAGGGCUUUUCUUCUCUGAUUAGCUUCAUUUUUAUCUACGAUGCUUUCAAGAAGAUGAUCAAGCUAGCUGAUUACUACCCCAUCAACUCCAACUUCAAAGUGGGCUACAAUACCCAAUUUUCCUGUGUUUGUAUGCCGCCCGAACCAGUUAAUAUCUCAGUGUCUAAUGAUACCACAUUGGCUCCUGAAGAUUUGCCAACUGUUUCUUCUUCUGAUAUGUCCCAUAAUGCUACCUUUGACUGGGCAUUUCUGACGACAAAGGAGUGUUUGAAAUAUGGAGGAAAGCUUGUGGGCAACAACUGUGGUUUUGUUCCUGAUAUCACACUCAUGUCUUUCAUCCUCUUCUUGGGCACUUACACUUCUUCUAUGGCUUUGAAAAAAUUCAAAACCAGUCCUUACUUUCCAACCACGGCAAGAAAGCUCAUCAGUGACUUUGCCAUUAUCUUGUCCAUUCUCAUCUUUUGUGUAAUAGAUGCUCUAGUAGGUGUGGACACUCCAAAACUAAUUGUGCCAAGUGAGUUCAAGCCAACAAGUCCAAACCGAGGGUGGUUUGUUGCCCCCUUCGGCGGGAACCCCUGGUGGGUGUAUCUUGCAGCUGCCAUACCUGCUUUAUUGGUCACCAUCCUGAUUUUCAUGGACCAGCAAAUCACAGCUGUAAUUGUGAACAGGAAAGAACACAAACUCAAGAAAGGAGCUGGCUAUCACCUGGAUCUCUUUUGGGUGGCUAUCCUCAUGGUGGUGUGUUCUUUCAUGGCCCUUCCAUGGUAUGUAGCUGCUACUGUCAUCUCCAUCGCUCACAUUGACAGUUUGAAGAUGGAGACAGAGACUUCUGCACCUGGAGAACAGCCCAAGUUCCUAGGAGUGAGGGAACAAAGAGUCACUGGAACCCUUGUGUUUAUUCUGACUGGUCUGUCAGUCUUUAUGGCUCCCAUCUUGAAGUUUAUUCCCAUGCCUGUACUCUAUGGUGUGUUCCUGUAUAUGGGGGUAGCAUCUCUUAAUGGUGUGCAGUUCAUGGAUCGUCUGAAGCUGCUCCUGAUGCCUCUGAAGCAUCAGCCUGACUUCAUCUACCUGCGCCACGUGCCGCUGCGGCGAGUGCACUUGUUCACUUUCCUGCAGGUGCUCUGUCUAGCCUUGCUCUGGAUCCUCAAGUCCACCGUGGCUGCUAUCAUCUUUCCAGUCAUGAUCUUGGCACUUGUAGCUGUCAGAAAAGGCAUGGACUACCUCUUCUCCCAGCACGACCUCAGCUUCCUUGAUGAUGUCAUUCCAGAAAAGGAUAAGAAAAAGAAGGAGGAUGAGAAGAAAAAGAAAAAGAAGAAAGGCAGUCUGGACAGUGACAAUGAUGAUUCUGACUGCCCAUACUCAGAAAAAGUUCCAAGUAUUAAAAUUCCAAUGGACAUCAUGGAACAGCAACCUUUCCUAAGUGAUAGCAAACCUUCCGACAGAGAAAGAUCACCAACAUUCCUUGAACGCCAUACAUCAUGCUGA